AUGAAGCUGACACAAUGGGUGCGCGUCGCAGCAGUGAUCGCCACGGCGACUGCAUCGGCUGUCGCAUUUGACCUUUCGCUGCUCGACGACGAUACCAACUAUCGCAAGGGCAGGUUGCAUGCCCCACAAGAAAUUGAAGAGGAGCGUGCGGCUUCAGCUGGAGGAUCGCUAACUCAGACAUCGGUGGACGCUGCUACUAGCACCUCAGCAUCUACGUCUACCAGCUUCUCAUCAUCUGGGCCCGACGGCACUCUUGCCGGUUCUGCUUUAAGUUUCACCUCAAAUUCUGCUGCUACCUCUUCCGAUUCCGGCUCGGACGCUGGUCUUUCAAGCUCCAGUUUGGCUGCCGCACUCUCGAAUUCUGGGUCGGACACAAGCCUUCCAAACUCCGGUUCGGAUGCUAGUCUUUCGAUGUCUGGGUCCGAGGACAGCGCAAGUGCUGACACUUCAACAUCUAGUUCGACUGAUACCCUGUCCGCUUCAGAAUCCGAUGCUGCUUCGACGUCUGGCUCUGGUGAUAGCCCCGUGGCCUCAUCGACCGGUUCGUCGGCUACCCAGAAUACUGGAGGAGGCGACUUUCUUGCGCCGUUCUCGACAGAAGAACCGUCGACAACUCUCUUCCCUCGUAGUGCACUUGGCGAGAUGGCUCCGAUCAUUAACGUUGCGGAAGGUCUGCUGGGCAAGCCACUACCAACGAACAAAUGGUGGGGUAACAUUAUCCACACUACCGCUGAAGAGAUGGAUACGAAAGCCAACCCUGGCUGGUCCAACCCGUACGCCGUCAAGCUGCCGAAGGAAGCUCCGUACGGCAUCCAAGCUUGUUACUCGUACAACUACCGUCAGCUGUCCGCUCUCACCGAUGGCGUCGCGGAGUUUUAUCUGCACGACUUUGUCAACGACCUCACGUUGUCGGCCACGGAAUUUGCCGGUGAAGCCAAGCCCACGUAUGAGAUUUACGCCUUCAGCGACUUUGGCAUCAACGUUCGAGCCUGUCUCGAGAACAAGGUGCAGUGCUUGGACUCUGCUCUUGUGCACGGCAUGGCCUUCAUCACAGCCACGUACGACCGUCUGACCGCUCGGAUCGAGUCGGAAUACACCAUGGAGAUCGUGGACAAGUCGGUGCCAGGCAAGUACAUCCUUCAGCUUGGUGGGAACCAGACGUGGGUCGUGUACACUGGUAACAACGGCAGCUUUGCGCUCGCCGAGUCGGGCAAAGCUCUCGAAUCCAGUGGGUUGUUCAGUGGCACCGUGCGUGUUGCCAUUCUACCAUCGAAAAAGGCCACUACCGUCUACGAUAAGUACCGGGCGUGUCACGUCCGUGGUGGGAACGUGUCUGUGGAGUCUCGUACUCAAUACUCGUUAAACUGGGAAACGGUGGGGAAGAGCUGUAAGACCAACGGGAUGCUUCACUUCGCACUGCCUCACCACCUCCCAGCGUUGAAAGGAGCCAUCACUGCUAAAAGCCCCAAAGCGAUUGUCCUUAACUCGGCCACUCGAGGCAAAAUGGUCGCCCAAGUGGCCACGACUGGAAAAUGGGUCCUUUCGGAGCCGGAAGAUGAGUUGGAGGUGGACUUCUACCCAACCAGUAAACCGUCUGCCGAGGUCGUAGCAAAAGUGGGUCUUCUCCAGACUCUGCAGGCCGAUAUCGCUGACCACUGGGCGCUCAACAAGACGAGUUGGUACUUUAACGGCAAGCAGUACCAGAAGUACGCGUCGGUGUGUCUCAUGGCUGCAGACUCGGCCAUCGUGGGCAAGGACAAGAAGCUGCUCAGCGCAUGCCUGACGAAGCUCGAGAAGCUCCUUGUGCCGUUCCUGGACAACACGCUGGACCCUCCUCUCCACUACGAGACGUCGUACGGCGGUCUCGUCAGCAGUCAGAGCUUCACGGUCAAAGACGUGAACGCAGACUUCGGGAACAGUGUCUACAACGACCACCACUAUCAUUACGGCUACUGGGUCACCGCGUCUGCCAUGCUCAAGAGUCUACACCCCAAGUGGGAGCGCAUCAAAGAGCUGGACAGGAUGAUCUGGAUGAUGCUACGCGACGUGGCCAACCCCAGCACAGACGACCCUUUCUUCCCUCAGUUCCGCCACUUCUCCUUCUACCUCGGCCACUCGUACUCGCACGGUGUCACGCCCAUGCUCGACGGUAAAGACGAAGAGAGUACGUCUGAAGAUGUGAAUUUCUACUACGGUAUGAAGCUCUGGGGUCAGGUGUCCAGCAACAAGGCCGUCGAGGAUCUAGGCAGUCUCAUGCUACGUCUCAACGCCCGCGCUAUCCGCACCUACUUCCUCAUGACGUCGGACAACACCAUCCACCCUACUGAGUUCGUACCCAACCACGUGACGGGCAUCUUCUUCGACAACAAGGCGGCGUAUGCGACCUGGUUCAGUGGCGAGAAGUACGCCAUCCACGGCAUCCAGAUGAUCCCAGUGUCGCCAAUCAACGCUAUGGUGCGCACGACAAAGUUCGUCCAGCAGGAAUGGGACGAUAUCCUCUCCAAGCAGCCAAUCGUCACGGAAUCCAACACCUCCAACGCGUGGUUAUCGCUGCUUCUCGUCAACCAGGCUGCUGUGGAUCAGGAGGACGCGCUGACCAAGCUACAGGAAGCCACAAUGGACGAUGGUCUCACCCGUUCUUGGGCUCUAUACAACGCAGCUUCCCGUCCUCACAACGCCAAGCAGGUGGAUGUAGCUUAG